AUGAAAUAAGUAGUGGCAAGUAAUGAGUACUACACGAUGAAAAAGGUUUAAAUGCUCCAUUCGCAUGCUCAAACCAAAGACUCGAGUUUAACUUUGGGGCGAACUACUAGUUAUGAAUCAAGCUAAUUUUGUCGCAAUUUGGACAUGAUGAUUUAUAGAAGGGCGUCUACAAAAGAGGAAGUUAAUAAUUCAGCCAUAUCGAAACAUCUCUAGAAUUAGGAUGAAAAACUAGCGAUCAGUAACAUUAAUUGGAUCAAGUAAUUACCAAUUUAAAAUAGAAGUCCCUCUCUCUAUAUUGAGAUGAAUGAACUGCAGACCAAAGUGUGGAGGGCUUUAAGAAAACAAUAGUUGCAAUCAGUUUAUUCAGUUGAGAUCAUAGUGUUGAAGAAUCAAAGUGAGUUUGAGUUCACAUUUGAUAUCAGUCAUCUUUCAUGUUUCCUAAGAGUCAGGGAAUUGGGCAUUCUGAUAAAUGAAACAUGUGCAGACAGAGUUAAAUUGAAAUCGCCAUAUUUGUCAAUCUUGAUAGGCAGAGUAAAGACACAGAAAUUGGAUGGGAAUAUGAAACUCUUUGAACUUGCUCAUAUCCUGAUCAAUGGAUAAAGGACUCUUAUUUUAUAAGAAUCCUGA